UCUUUUCUUUUCAUUCUCAUUUGUACAAAGUUGGGAAUCGUGUUCGCAUCGAAGGACAAGUUCUUCUACAAGGCUCUCUCUCUCCAAUUCCAACUCUCAGAUCUCUCUGUUCAGGCCCAAGGUCGACGAGAUCUCGCUCCUCACCGUCAACUCCUCUUCCUUCGUCACCGAUUCUUGUCCUUAUUCGUCACUCCAUCCCCUCCAAUUCCAUAACUGGUGCCUCCCUGAAGAAGAAAAACGACGAUGCAGUUUCUGUGAAUAGGAGUUUCAAAGCAUACCUAGCUACAUUGUCUUUGGAUUUUCUAGUCAUUAUUGUUCCUAUGCUUUUAUUAUUCACUGUAAGCGUUCUCCAGUAGAACUACAUGGUUUGCUAACAAAUAGAAAAUGUCGGUCUUGAAAGUCCUUUGUUUUUUUAAGCAUGAAGCUGUGGGCAAUGCCGGCCUCUUAAUAAUUUUUGGUGGGAUUUUUUCAAUGUGGCUGUGGUACAUUGACAAUAUCUGGUCAAGUUGCAACAAAAUAGUUGGAGUUUGGAUCUUGCUUGUGACUUUUAUGUUUGAUGAAUUACUAUCAGCAACUGCGCUUGUGUUUAGUUUACCAUUAACCAUUAUUUGAACAUUGAUUUGCUAUUCUUUCCAGCUUCAGUUAAUUCUUCUUAUAUUGGAUAUGUUAGUCAAGAUUUCUUAAAUUGUAAUUCUCCCUAAUAUUAGUUAGUGACACAACUCCAGAUAGAACUUUCAGUCAGUUUUGGAAUGAUACACUGUUAUGCUGAUAUUUUUGAACUCUCUCUUCCAUCAUUGUUAUUAUCAGGAAUUGACGUUCUCAAGUUUCUGCUGAGACUGACCCUGUAUCACUUCUCCCAAAAGUUGUGUCUUUACUUUAUCUUCAGGUUCACCACAAAGCUCUUCAAGCCCCUCUGGAAGGGCCAUUUCAGUUGCUAUUUCCCUACUGAAGUAUUGCAUAAAAGAAAAAGAGAGUGUUUGAUAAUUAUCAGGACCAAGAAACAUGAAAAGAAGGAGGGUGGAGAGUAACCUCCACUGGAAUGUGAUUCAUGAAAUCCUGUUGAGGUUACCUGUGAAGUCACUUGUUCGUUUCAAGUGUGUGUGCAAAUCAUGGCAUUCUCUCAUCUCUGACUCUCACUUUGCAAAAUCCCAUUACGAGCUAUCUGCCGCACCCUCCCACAAGCUUCUCCAGAUAACAUUUUCUGAUUACGAAGCUCGAUCCUUCGAUGUUGAUGCAUCGCUUCAGGAUGAUUCUUUCGUUGUAAGCCUCGUUCCCCCACUUCCAAAACUAGUUGAAUAUUAUGCUGUGAUUUGGGGUUCAUGCAGAGGGUUUGUCCUUAUAGAAAAUAAACUGGAUUCCAUGGAGCGACCGCAUUUAACGGAAGAAUAUCAAAAUCUUUAUAUUUGGAACCCAUCAACUGGUUUCCACAGAGACCUGUCAUACUCUGAAAUGGGGCAAGAAUGUCAAAAUGCAGAGUCAGCAGAGAGACUCCUAAUUGGUUUUGGAUAUGACCCAUCCGCGGAUGAUUAUUUGGUAGUUGUGCUAUGGCCUAAGCAUGACUCUAAUUUGGCAACCCGUUUGGUGCUUUUCUCUUUGAGAACCAAUUCAUUGAAAGAAAUUCAGGGGCCCCAUAUUCCCUACUAUCAUAUUGAUAAUCCAUCAUUUCUCUGUAAUGAUGCUAUUCAUUGGUUGGCUUAUGAUGAAAAUUUAUUAGCUACAGUAAUUCUUGCUUUUGAUUUGAUGAAAAAGAAUUUUUAUGAGAUAUCUUUGCCAGACGGUGAUUUCACAGAUGACUUCAAUUAUGAUUAUUUGGGAACUAUGGGAGGAUGUCUCUGUUUAUCUCGUUUACACGAUAGUAAAACUAUGGUGUGGAUUAUGAAAGAAUAUAAAGUGCAGUCAUCUUGGACUAUGCUUGAAAUUCCUAGGUGCCUUUCCGCUGUAUGCAUGGCCAAAGGUGGUGAACUUGUUGCAUUAGGUUUUGAUGAGGCAGAAUUCAUGAAAUUUAAUGACAAAGGAGAAUUGCUAGCACGUUGUGAAUAUGAUUCCGAUGGUCAGAGUCGAUUUGAAGUAGCUGCGUAUACAGAGAGUCUUCUUUCACUCCCUGGGAACUAUGAUGGAAGCAUGGAAAAACCAUCAACUGAAGCAGAUCAGAAGAAGGAAGGCCUAAAUUGAUGUAAUGUCAACAAUUUCUUUAUUACAGAACACUGUUAUUUAUCCAUUAAUUUGGAAACAGAGUUUGUUUGAGUUGUUCUUUUUGUUGAUUUAAUAUUCAAGGGCUUGGUUGUCAAGUUAUUAUAGCAUCAUGUUUUCUUCAAAAUAACCUUUGA